GACCCGGGGCAGGGUCUCCGGGACCCGGGGCAGGGUCUCCGGGACUACGGCUCGGCCUGGCUGGACAACAGCUCCACCAAACCUCCGGAUUGCCGACAUUACCGCUACGAGCCGAGGCAGCAGUACCGCCACCAGGGCGGUCAGUGGUCCGUGUACCACCAGACCAGCCACCACCACCACCACCACCUGGCCCCGGCGCCGUCCUACCUCUCACCGGAGGACUCGGCGCUCCCGUCGACCACUGAAGGAGGGUUCAACCCAAGCGAGCGUUUUCUAGGAUACGAUCCUGCAGGGACGGUGUACGGGGGACCCGGUGCUGCGCGGUACCAGGUGGCGGCGUUCAGUGGCAGCAGCGGUGUAGGGUCUAGAGCGUUCCCCCCCGCUGGUCACUGCGGGUCCAAGCCGCCCCCGGGGCUCCGCCCGUCCGCAGGCCGGAGCAGGGUUUUGCCUCCGGGUUUCGACUCCUUCAUCGAGGCGGCAGAAGAGGAGCGGCUUGGUAAGAACCGCUGCUCAGCAGAGAGCCUGCAGACGGAGACCAGGCGAGCCGGCCGCAGAGAGCCCGGCCCCGGGACAGUGUGUGUGGAGAAGACGGGGCACCUGGACCCCCCCAAAGCAGUGUUGGAAGAGGAAUACUUGGCUUCCUCCACCCAGGAGGACCCCAAAGAGCCAGGGUCUCCCGAGCGGAGGAAGAAGCGUUGUCCGUACACCAAGCAGCAGCUCAGGGAGCUGGAGAGGGAGUUCCUCUUCAGCGUGUACAUCAACAAAGAGAGGCGCCUGCAGCUGUCUCGCCUUCUGUGUCUCACCGACAGACAAGUGAAGAUCUGGUUCCAGAACAGGAGGAUGAAGGAGAAGAAGCUGAACAGAGACCGACUCCACUACUAUAAAGGAAACCCUCUAUUCUGAUGAGGAACACAGUAAUCGGGGGGGAAUGGAUGGAUGCAUGGAUACAUGGGAUAGAUGGAUGGAUGAAUAGAUGACUGCACAGACCUAUUGAUAGAUGGAUGAAAAAUCAGCUAUUCAAUAACAAUGUAUUGACUGAUGGUUAAUGGAUGAUGGACCAUGGAAGAGAGAAGCCUGCAUCAGUCUCCUCUAUUCAGCACAGAGAAAGCCGCAACUUUGUCAUUCAACACUAUUCACCUUUGCAAGUGUCGACUCCCAAAUUCAAUCAAGAUUCAAGGACCAGAUUUACCCCCUAAACUAUCUGAAACCAAAAAUUCUUUGUCUUCAAUUGGAAAUGUAGACGACCAUUGACUAUUCAUUACACUGACCAUGUUUCUCUCACAUUCUUUUCAUUAGCUAACAGAAACAAUAGUGAAUGCAAUACGUUCACACAGGAAACAGGACAUUAAGUCAUAAAUACCAAACAUCUGGUCUCCAUGCCUCUAUAUGUCAUCAAAGCUGUACCUGAGAGCCAGAAUAUAAAAUACGCUGAUUGCUUUCAGACUGCACCUUAGUGUGAAUGUUAACGUUGCAAGGAUUCUUUCAUUGAGCUCCUUUUGGAUCUUUAUGGGAUUUUUGGAGCUUUCAAAAGCAAACUUGUUGUUAAGCAGAAGGGACCCGCUUUCCUCCUGGUUCCCAUGCUUUGUUUAUUGCUGUGUAAAAGCUUUAAAUGAGUCAUGUCCUUUACAUACACAAUGUACAGAACAAACUUUGUAUUUCUGUUCCACUCUUGUCCAAACUGCUCACCAAAUACAGGGGGAGAAGGCUCCUCAAUUCUCUCCACCACUCCUCAUUAACUAGUUCUGUGAAAUGGAAACCUCCUCCAUUUUGCCGGCCUUUCAAUGCACCAUUAAGGAGGGGUCUGGAACUGCUCUUGGAUUUACGGUGCCCACGGCAGAGCACAAGUUGUCCGGCGGCGCAGCUGCAAUAAUGUACCAUGAACUCUGCUCAGGCUUCACCUCAGAUGCUUUCAGUCUCAUGUCUGGGGUCCUAGACUGUUUCACCUGGGUUUAAAUCCCCUUGAUCAAACAUUAAAAAGGAUCAUCUUUAAAAAAGAAAAUGUACCAUCCAUUAUUGUGCAUUGUUUGGUAUGGGUGUUAUGUUGUGCUCUGUUGUCAACCCACAUAACAAUAGUAGUCAUUUGUGUGGGGAUUUAGAUAGCUCCAAUGCCUACCAAUAGUUUAAGCCCUCCUGAAGCUGUUUUCUAUUAUCUGUUUCAAUAACUUUGAAAGUCUUCAAUUCAACUAUACAUUUUGAAAAUAUUUGUUGAUUUGAGUUUAUAAUUACCAUUGGUGUUUAUUUUCCUUUAUGUCUGUCCUCAUCUAGCACCACAGACUUUAAUGGCAAUGUGCACAAAACAAACAACAUCGUUAACUGAAAUUGAUACUUUACUUCAAGAAGCUCCUGGUCUUGGAGCAAGUAGCUCGUCAUGUUACCGGCCUGCGAACAGCCUGUUACCGGCCUAUUACCAUCCUGCUACCGGCCUCUUACCGGCCUGCUUAGGAGCAGCAGGGAGAAUUCAACUCAUGGGACAAAUACGUUUAUUGUAUCACAAAUAUUGACAUCAUAUCAUUCUUUUGUUGAUGUUGUUUGUCUAAUGUUUGUAAUGUAAGGUCUUUAUGUGUACUGUUUACAGCGAAACAUUAUGUUUUCUCUUUGUGCUUUAUCGCUUCCAUGUUAUGCAUAUGUUGGAUGUGCACAUAAGCUUAAUGCUUUACUUCCAGAUAAAUCACAUAGUAAAAUUUACCAAAUCCAUAAUGCAACUUUUGAAAUUAUAUCAGAAAUAGUUUGACCUAGGUGUUAAUGUAUUUGGGUAUCUUGAGAAUGUUAAUUCCAUUUCAUUGUAAGUAUUUAUUCUGAUUAUUAGUGUCUUAUAGUGAAUUGACCAUCUUUGUACCAGGUAUCAUUUGCAUUGUGCUAUACUUUAUCUUGCAAUUACAUUUGAAUUACAUUUACUUAUAUUCCUAAUUUGCUAUAUCAACAAGCAUACACAUUCCCAACAUGUAGGCCCUGUGUGUGUUUUAACAUGUGUCUGCUUGCGUGUGUGUGUGUGUGUGUGUGUGUGUGUGUGUGUGUGUGUGUGUGUGUGUGUGUGUGUGUGUGUGUGUGUUUGGAUGUGCGUGUGUGGUGUAGGCUUUACAUUGUUUUUUUGUGUUUCUUUUUGUU